AUGGAGCCAGAUGAGCCUUAUCACUUAGCUUGGGAGCGUUUUCAGACCCUGAUUACCCGUUGUUCUCAGCAUGGUCUAUCUGACUGGGCGUUAGUAGAGAAGUUCUACAAUGGACUUACUCCUGAGAUUAGGGCUCGUUUCGAUACUUCAGCAGGAGGUCAGCUUAUGGGAAAGAAGACAGUGGCGGAGUGCAAUGAUUUGUUUGAGAGUUUUGCCCACUCCGAUAUGGACUACAGCACUACCAGCAGGACUUCCAUUCCUGUGCGUACCACCUCGACCGGUCGAGGGGUAAACCAAGUUGGCUUGGAUUCAUCGGUAGCUGCAGCAGUCGAGAGAGCGAAGGAGGAGUUGAGGCAAGAGAUGAGGCAGGAGUUGAAUGAGAUAAAGAAGAAAGUCGAUAGUGGUAAUUCGAGUGGUUAUCGUUCGUCUGGAAAUCCUCCUGGAUUUCCAUCUGGUCAGUAUCAGAGUAGAGGGCCCGGUAUUUACACGCAUUCUGGUUCAGGGCAGUUUAGUGGGCCAGGGUCGAGUGGUCAGUUUUCUAGUGGAGGACCGACUCAGGAGAGUUAUGGUGGUGGGAAGGCUCCUGAGGUUAGCACGAGCAGGUUGGAGGACAUGUUCGCUCAGAUGAUGACGCAGACCGAUGCGUUCAUGAAAAAUCAGGAGCAAACUAACAAAAACAACGAGCUUCAGUUCAAGAAUCAGCAGUCCGCCCUCCUCGAUCUUCAGAGGACAGUAGGCGGGCUUGCUAAGCAGUUACAGGAGCACCCACCGGGUCAGUUUUCGGGAAACACUUUCCCGAAUCCCACAAAUCCGUCAGCGAAGGCGAUUACGACCCGUAUUGGGAAGAGUUUGGGAGAGGUAGUGAGAGAAAGAGAGGUUGAAGAAGUAGAGGAGGAGGUCGAUGAGGAGAUCGAGAUGGAGGCUCCAGGCAAGUUGAAGAUCAAUCUUCCGUUCAUUGAGGCACUUCAGUCUAUGCAUAAGUACGCGAAAUUCCUUAAAGAUCUUUUGAAACCUAAGGAGAGAAUAGGUGAGCUUUCGAAUAUUCCAUUGACAGGAGGUUGUUCCGCGGUAGUCUUGAAUAAGCUACCAGAGAAGUUGACCGACCCUGACACAUUCACGAUUCCAUGUUUCUUUGGGGGAGCCGUUACCCCUUCUCACGCCUUAGCCGAUUUAGGGGCCAGCAUCAAUCUGAUGCCAUUCUCGUUGUAUGAGCGACUUGGUCUAGGAGAGCUUACACCCACGCGCAUGUCAUUGUCCUUGGCUGACCGAUCAGUCAAGUAUCCUCGUGGGAUAGUAGAGAAUUUGUUGGUGAAGGUCGAUAGGUUUGUGUUCCCAGUAGAUUUCGUUGUGCUCGACAUGGAGGCCGAUGAGAGAGUUCCUAUUAUUCUAGGCCGUCCAUUCCUUCGAACCGCAAAGGCGAUCAUCGACGUCUUUGACGGUAAGAUUUCUCUUCGUGCGGGUGACGAGAUUGUCACAUUCGAGAUCGAUAGAGCGAUGCAGCAUCCUAGCGGCCGUGAUGAUGAUGUUGGGCCGUGUCAUUCCGUUUACUUUCUCAAUUCAUUCAUAUCUUGUGUCGACACAUGUCUUGAGUACAUUAGUGGAGCUGAUUUAGUAGGAGAGGGAGUUGUUGACGAGCAUUCUGAGGAUGAGGUAGAGGAGGUAGAGGAGGAGCAGUUAGAUGAGAGCGAUGAGUUGAGUGCUGAGCCCUUAGAGCUCGAUGCGAUUAGUGAUGAGAGUACUCCCGUAGAGAUUCCACCACCUUUAGAACUUAAGGUUCUUCCUUCACAUCUCGAGUACGCGUUUCUAGGAGAGAAGCCGAAUAUGCCUGUCAUCAUUUCUUCGAAGUUGACAGAGGAGGAGAAGGCGAGGUUGAUUGAGGUGCUUAGAGAGCACAGUGAUGCGAUUGCAUGGAGGCUAUCCGAUAUCAAGGGCAUUAGCCCUACCUUUUGCACGCAUCGCAUUCUGAUGGAGGACGUUUUCAAGCCUAUAGUGCAGCCGCAGCGUCGGUUGAAUCCGAAUAUGCAGGAGGUAGUGAAGAAGGAGGUGAUGAAGUUGCUGGAGUAUGGUUUGAUCUAUCCUAUUUCUGAUUCAGCUUGGGAUAUGGUCGAGAGUUCGAUGGAGGUUUUUAUGGAUGACUUCUCAGUGUAUGGUAGUUCUUUCGAUCAGUGUUUGGCGAAUCUUGAGAAGAUGUUGAAGAGAUGCGUGGAGACGAAGUUGAUGCUGAACUGGGAGAAGUGUCACUUCAUGGUGACUGAGGGGAUUGUGCUAGGGCAUAAGAUUUCACGAGCAGGUAUUGAGGUUGAUAGAGAAAAGAUAGAUACGAUUAGCCAGCUUCCUCCGCCGACUAGUGUGAAGUCGGUUCGUAGUUUUCUCGGUCAUGCGGGAUUUUAUAGGCGCUUUAUUAGGGAUUUUUCCAAAAUCACUCGCCCCAUGACGCGAUUGUUGGAGAAGGACGUUCCUUUCGUCUUUGACGGGGAGUGCCUUCGAGCGUUUGAGUUUCUGAAGGAGAGGUUAGUGAGUGCACCGAUCCUCGUGUCGCCUGAUUGGAGCUUACCAUUCGAGCCGAUGUGCGAUGCGAGUGACUACGCAGUGGGUGCGGUGUUAGGGCAGAGACGGGAGAAGCAUUUUCACCCGAUUUACUACGCAAGUAAAACGUUGAAUGAUGCCCAGGAGAAUUACACCACCACGGAGAAGGAGUUGUUGGCGGUGGUGUUCGUGUUCGAUAAAUUCCGAUCAUAUCUCGUUCUUUCGAAAACCGUCGUGUUCAUUGAUCAUUCUGCUCUUCGUCACUUGUUUCAGAAGAAGGACGCGAAGCCGCGUCUUAUACGAUGGAUUCUGCUUCUUUCCGAGUUCGACAUUGAAAUUAAGGAUAAGAAGGGGGUAGAGAAUGUGGCGGCGGACCACUUGUCCCGCUUAGAGGAUCCGAAGCGAGAGGAGAUUCGUGAGGAGGCGAUAGGAGAUAGAUUCCCUCACCAGUCUAUUGAUGCUGUCACGGCAGGAGCCGUGGACCUCCCGUGGUAUAGCGAUAUAGCCAAUUAUUUGGCCGAUGGGUUUGUGAUGGAGAGUCUGAGUUUGCAGCAGAAGAGGAAGCUGACGAGGGACUCUAGGAAGUACAUCUGGGAUGAUCCCUAUCUCUUCAGGAUAGGCGGUGAUGUUUUGAGGAGGUGUGUGAGUAGAGAAGAAGGUGCGGGGAUCCUGAGGCACGUGCACGAGGGAUUGACUGGAGGACAUCACGGUGCGCAUCUGACCGCACAGAAGGUGUUUGAUUGUGGUUUCUAUUGGCCGACGGUUGUAGAAGAUGCGACCGAGUUUGUGAGGAAGUGUGACCGGUGCCAGCGGACCGGCAACAUCUCAUCCAAGGAUGAGAUGCCCCAGAAUCCCAUUCAAGUGUUGGAAGUCUUUGACGUUUGGGGCAUCGAUUUCAUGGGACCAUUUCCAUCUUCGAGUGGAAAUCGGUACAUCCUCGUUGCGAUUGACUACGUUUCGAAGUGGGUGGAAGCUCAAGCUUCGCCUACGAACGAUGCACGAGUGGUGGUGAGGUUCUUGAAGAAGUUGUUUACGCGAUUUGGUACGCCUAGAGCCAUUAUUAGUGAUCGCGGCACGCAUUUUUGCAAUGUGGUUAUGGAGAAGGCGUUGGAGAGAUAUGGAGUUACGCACCGCUUGUCCACCGCGUAUCAUCCACAAACGAGCGGUCAAGUGGAGAACGCGAAUCGAGGAGUGAAGCGGAUUUUGGAGAAGACGGUAGGGAAGAGUAGGCAGGAUUGGUCCGACAAGUUGGACGAUGCGUUGUGGGCUUUCCGAACCGCCUACAAGACGCCAUUAGGUAUGACACCGUUUAUGAUCGUUUAUGGGAAAGCGUGCCAUUUACCGGUCGAGCUAGAGCAUCGGGCUCUUUGGGCGCUCAAAACGGUGAAUUUAGAUUUGACCGAGGCCGCUAGGAGACGAUUUUUCCAAAUUCAUGAGUUGGAGGUGCUUUGGGACGCCACAUAUGAUCGUUCUUGGAGUAUCAAGGAAAAGUCGAAAGCAUUGCAUGAUAGGAAGUUGCGAAAGUUGAAGGAGUUUAAAGUGGGCGAUCAAGUGCUAUUGUUCAACUCGAGGUUGAAAUUGAUUGCCGGAAAGUUGAAGUCGAGAUGGUCCGGGCCGUACGUCGUGAAGGAGGUUUUCCCGUACGGCACCGUCGAGUUGUUUGAUGAAGCAAGUUCGCAUGUGUGGAAGGUAAACGGGCAUAGGUUGAAACAUUACAUAGGGGGUCCCAUCGACACCGUCGAAGAGGAAACCGUUCCUCUUUCGGACCCGCCUAGCACCGCCACAUAG